UAAGAAUGUUACUAAAAAUAGACAAGACCGACGUUCAGUUCAUCUAGUUAUAUUUAGCACAGACAUCAAAAACAGUUUUAAUGGAAGAACCUUGAAUCUUUUGUAGUUCGGAGUAGUCCGUGUGGUUAGACUUACUGUGAAGUGAUGUUUAUUAUUAUGAUAUUGUGAAUGUAGCCGAUAUAACAAGCGUAUUUACUUAAAUCCCCCGAAUGUUUAAAAAAAUGGCUGUAUCCUGCUUUACAAUGCACAUUGCAUUUAUGCUUCUAUCUAUUAUAUCUUCUGAUGCCAAGAAACCGAACAUUAUUUUAUUGAUGGCGGAUGAUUUGGGUAUUGGCGAUGUUGGAUGUUUUGGGAAUACCACGAUUAAAACACCAAAUAUCGACAGAAUAUCCAGAGAAGGUGCCAAAUUAACUCACCAUUUAUCAGCAUCAAGUCUAUGCGGUCCUAGUAGAGCAGCUUUUCUUACAGGACGAUAUCCAAUACGCUCAGGAAUGGCUACCAGAACAUUUGCACGUAGUUGUAUUUUUGUGGCGUCAUCUGGCGGUUUACCUGCAAGUGAAACAACAUUUGCAGAGCUAGCCAAAACAUCAGGAUAUACAACAGCCUUGAUAGGAAAAUGGCACCAGGGUUGGAGUGAGAGCAGCUUGGAAGACUACGAACAUCACCCAAAUAAUCAAGGGUUUGACUACUUUUAUGGAUAUCCUUUAACGAAUUUAAAAGAUUUUGGAAGCGACGCUAGAGAAAGUUUAAUGAAAUCCAUUUUCCCAUACUGGAAUCAUCAGCUUAUCACCACAUUCCUCGUCUUGUUCAUCUGCUUCACGUGUCUCUAUAGUACCCGCAUGAUCGGACUAGCUCUGUAUAUCGUUCUAGUUAUUUUCAUAUCUUCGGUACUAUUUACUCUGCAUUAUGCAUACAUAAUUCGUUAUAAAGAUUUCAAUAGUUUGUUGUACAGAAAUAAGGAACUUGUGGAACAACCAAUGGAACUAUCUACAUUAACAAAAAGAUUUGCAGAUGAGGGCGUGGAAUUUUUAGAAAAUCAUCGAAAAGAUGAUAAACCGUUUCUCUUAAUGGUAUCAUGGUCCCAAGUCCACACUUAUUUGAAUACGACAAAAGAGUUUAGAGGCAGGAACAAACAUGGGCGGUACGGUGAUGCAGUGGAAGAGAUGGAUUGGGGAGUUGGUGAAAUUCUUGAUACCUUGGAUAGAUUCAAUUUAGUAGACAAUACACUUGUGUAUUUUACAUCUGAUAAUGGAGGUCACCUGGAGGAGAGAAAUGCUGAUGGAGAAGUUCAUGGUGGUUAUAAUGGUAUCUAUAAAGGUGGGAAGGCUCAUGGUGCUGUAGAUGGUGGAAUAAGAAUGCCGACUGUUUUAAGAUAUCCAUCAGUUGUAAGACCAGGUACAGUUAUUGAUGAACCUACAAGUUUAAUGGACAUCUUUCCUACCAUAGCCAACAUCAUCCAAACUAAAUUACAACCUAAGCUACAUAUUGAUGGUCAAGAUAUAAUACCUCUUUUAUCUGGCAAGGAAACUGUUUCACCCCACGACUUUAUGUUUCAUUAUUGUGGAGAAGAUAUACAUGCCAUCAGAUAUCGUCCAAGACAGGGUUUGUCAGUAUGGAAGUUGGCUGUUAGAUCCCCGAAUUAUCUACCUGGAAAACAGGUGUGUCGGUUUGUAUGUAACUGUAGAGAUGUGGUUGUGAAUGACCCGCCUCUUUUAUACGAUAUGACGUCAGAUCCGUCUGAAUUACGACCACUAGACCUCUCCAGAUAUCCAGAAAUUGUCAACAUUAUGCUAAAAGCAAUGGAUGAUCAUAAAAACUCAAUUAUACCACAGCCAUAUCAAAUGGAUUUAAGCAGAAUAUUGUGGAAGCCCUGGCUUCAGCCGUGUUGUGGUUCAUUCCCCUCUUGUUCCUGUGCUGAUAAAAAAUAUGAAGGAAAAUUUGAAUAAUAAAGCUGACAAUAACGAUCACGGUUAUCAUUUACAUGACGGUAGAGCUGAGCAACAAACUACCACCACCAGAAACCCAACCCCAAAAGUACUUCAGACAUUGAAAAUUAACGUUAUGGUUCUGGCUAAUUCCUAUCAUGUACGCCGCCGAGACAAACUUGCUAACCCAUCCCAUACACACAAUUAUCGUGUUUCUGUUUAUUGUUAGGUGUUUUUGUGAACUGGUCUUAUAUGAUUUCUCCAUGGUGCAGCUUUUCACAAUAAAACUGUGUGGUCGGUCA